GUACCAACUCCCUUCACCAAAAUUCAUCCCUGCCUUUUAGCUCUGCAAUUCUCCUCCGAUUUACGCACACCUAAGUCGCCUAAACUCACAAGAACCAAACACACAAACUACUUGGGUUCUCCCUUCUGAGGAGAUCAAAAAGCUUGCUGUUUCGCUUCUUUCUCUCCCAUCUCUUUGUCUCAUUAUGAAGCGAAUACGGGACGAUGUUUAUUCCGGUCCUCAAUUUAAACGGGCAGGGACAGGGGGAGGCACCUCACAGAAAUUGACUACAAAUGAUGCCUUAACAUAUUUGAAGAAAGUCAAGGAAAUGUUUCAAGAUCAAACAGAGAAAUAUGACAUGUUCCUGGAGGUCAUGAAAGACUUCAAAGCUCAGAGAACUGACACGGUUGGUGUCAUUGCCAGAGUGAAGGAAUUGUUCAAAGGGCAUAACAACUUAAUUUUUGGAUUUAAUACUUUCUUGCCAAAAGGAUAUGAAAUAACCCUUGAUGAGGAUGAGAAUCCACCAAAAAAGACAGUUGAAUUUGAAGAAGCUAUCAGUUUUGUGAACAAGAUAAAGAAACGUUUCCAAAACGAUGAACAUGUUUAUAAAUCAUUCUUAGACAUAUUGAACAUGUACCGGAAGGAGCACAAGGACAUAAACGAGGUCUACAGUGAGGUUGCAGCUCUCUUCGAGGAUCAUCCAGAUUUGCUUGAAGAAUUCACAAGAUUUUUGCCUAGUAAUUCAGCUUCACCUUUGACAAAUGAAGUUCCAUAUGGACGAAAUUCAACUCAGGCUCAGCGUUACAACGAGCGAAGCUCUGCUGCUGCACCUACAAUGCGUCAUAUACAAAUGGACAAGCAACGUCGAAGGGAUAGGAUUAUUACUUCCCAUGCUGACCAGGAUCUUAGCGUUGAUCGUCCUGACUUGGAUGAUGACAAAGCUAUGAUGAAAAUGCAAAAGGAGCAGAGAAAACGCAUAGAAAGGGAUAACCGGGAUCGUAGAACUCGUGAUCAAGAUGAUAGAGAGCCUGAGCAUGAUAAUAAUAGGGGUUUCAAUUUGCAUCAUUUUCCUGAGAAAAGGAAAUCUGCAAGGAAGAUUGAUGGCUUUGGAGUCAAUUCUAACUAUGCUUCUUAUGAUGACAAAGAUACUUUAAAGAGCAUGUACAAUCAAGGUUUCAUUUUCUGUGAGAAAGUUAAGGAGAGGCUAUGCAGCUCAGAUGAGUGCCAGCGCAACACAGAUGACUACCAGGCAUUCUUGAAGUGCCUUCAUAUUUACAGCAAUGGAAUAAUUAAAAGAAAUGACCUGCAAAAUUUGGUGGCUGAUUUGCUUGGAAAGUAUCCUGAUCUCAUGGAUGAGUUCAAUCAUUUUGUGGAGCGUUGUGAGAAUAUGGAUGGAUUCUUAGCUGUUAUGAGUAAAAAAUCACUUGGUAGUGAUGGACAUCUAUCCAGACCAGUGAAAAUAGAGGAUAAAGAUAGAGAGCCAAAGCGUGAACAAGAGGGAGCUAAAGAAAAGGAGAGAUACAGAGAGAAUCAGAAGUAUGUGGCAAAAUCCAUUCAGGAGCUUGACCUUUCUAACUGCCAGCGUUGUACGCCUAGCUAUCGUCUUCUGCCUGAUGAUUAUCCAAUUCUGUCAGCUAGCCAGCGAUCAGAGCUUGGUGCACAAGUGUUGAAUGAUCACUGGGUAUCUGUGACUUCAGGAAGUGAGGAUUACUCAUUCAAGCAUAUGCGCAGAAAUCAAUAUGAAGAGAGUUUGUUCAGAUGCGAGGAUGAUAGAUUUGAGCUAGAUAUGUUGUUAGAAUCAGUGAGCUCUACUGCCAAGCGUGCUGAGGAUUUGUUGAACAAUAUUAAUGAAAAUAAAAUCAGUCCAGAUUCACCAAUUCUCAUUGAAGAAUACUUCACUGCCCUAAAUUUAAGGUGCAUUGAGCGUUUAUAUGGAGAUCAUGGUCUUGAUGUCAUGGACAUAUUACGUAAAAAUCCUGCUCUUGCUCUUCCAGUUAUCUUAACCCGGCUGAAGCAGAAACAAGAGGAGUGGACAAAGUGUCGUGCAGAUUUUAACAAGGUUUGGGCAGAGAUUUAUGCCAAAAACCAUUAUAAAUCACUUGAUCAUCGCAGCUUCUAUUUCAAGCAGCAAGAUUCAAAGAACUUGAGUGCCAAGUCUUUGGUUGCUGAAAUCAAAGAGCUGAAAGAAAAGAAUCAGAAAGAGGAUGACAUUCUCUUGGCUAUUGCUGCUGGUUACAGACAACCCUUGGCUCCUCACCUCAAAUACGAAUACUCUGAUGUUGAUAUUCAUGAAGACUUGUAUAAACUUGUCCAAUAUUCUUGUGAAGAGAUGUGCUUAACAAAAGAACAGUUAAAUAAAGUUAUGAGGCUUUGGAUCACUUUCUUGGAGCCAAUGCUGGGUAUUCCUCCAAGGCCCCAUGGUAGAGAGGGUGCUGAAGACACUGGAAAAGCAAGGAAUCUUGUUACCAACUUCACAGCAUCAAGCAUGGCAGAAAGUGAUGGGAAUCCUAUGGCUGAUGCUAGUGUAGGGAAUUCUAGGCAACACAAAGCUACUGGCAAUGGAGAUGAGAACAGCUCACCAGAUCUAACACAUUCUGGCAGAAACAAUGUGGCUAAUGGGGAUACUUCAGGCAAGGAAGAACAUCCUGGUUGUGUCUACAGAGAGGAUUCAAAGCUAGAGAAAGAGCCAAAAAGUAUAGAUGUGGCAGAUAAAAGACCUGGAUUGAGCAUACAUGCAUCUGGUGGUAGGGUAGCCAAUUCCGUUUCAUCACAUGCGAUUGGAGUGGAAAAUAGUCAUGGAAGAAACAGCGUUGAACUGUCAUCUGGUUGUGGUGCAGCUGCAUCAAGACAUAAUAAUGAGGGUACCACUGAUCAUGAACACACAGCUGAUGAUGUUACUCCUUCAGCAGAAGGUGUUGAUGUUGCAAAACCUGUUAUAUUGGCAAAUGGAGUGUAUACGGAAGGGACAAAGGUUGGUAGAUAUAAUGAAGAAACUGCAGGGCCUUCAAGAAUUGAAAAGGAAGAAGGUGAGUUAUCACCCAAUGGUGACUUUGAGGAGGAUAAUUUUGUGGGCUAUGGAGAAGCUGCUACAAAGGCUAUGCCAAAGGCAAAACGUGGUAUUGAAAGCAGGCAAUACCAGUCUGGAAAUGGGGAAGAGCUGCAUUGUGAUGAUGGUGUGGAAAAUGAUGCUGAUGAUGAAGAUAGUGAAAAUGCUUCUGAGGCCAGAGAUGAUGCCUCUGGUAGUGAGUCUGCAGGUGAUGAAUGCUCCCGUGAAGAGCAUGAAGAGGAGGAUGAUGUGGAACGAGAUGAAGUUGAUGGCAAGGCUGAGAGUGAAGGUGAAGCUGAAGGUAUUGCUGAUGCACACUUUGUAGGCGGAGAUGCAUUGUCAGUGUCAGAACGUUUUCUUUUGUCAGUGAAGCCUCUUGCAAAGCAUGUGUCUGCUAUUUUACUUGAUGAAGAAAGAAGCAAAUCUCGGGUUUUUUAUGGAAAUGAUGAUUUCUAUGUUCUUUUUAGGCUCCAUCAAGUUCUAUAUGAAAGAAUCCUAUCAGCAAAAACAAAUGCAACAGGUGCUGAUCCAAAAUGGAAAAACUCAAAAGAUGCCAGUUCUUCAGAUUUUUAUGCCAGAUUUAUAACUGCAUUGUACAGUUUGCUUGAUGGAUCUGUUGAUAAUGCCAAAUUUGAGGAUGAAUGCCGAGCUAUAAUAGGAAAUCAUUCAUAUGUGUUAUUCACGUUGGACAAGUUAAUAUAUAAAUUGGUUAAACAGCUUCAAACUGUUGCAACAGAUGAGAUGGAUAACAAACUUCUCCAGUUGAACGAGUAUGAAAAAUCCCGGAAAUCUGGGAAGACAAUUGAUUCAGUGUAUUAUGAGAAUGCACGAGUCCUCCUUCAUGAGGAGAACAUAUAUAGAUUGGAAUGUUCAUCUUCCCCAUCUCAUUUAUCUAUUCAGCUGAUGGAUAAUGUCAUUGAAAAGCCUGAGGCAUUUGCAGUUUCCAUGGAUCCUAAUUUUUCAGCAUACCUCCACCAUGAUUUUCUUUCUGUGUUUGCUGGCAAAAAGGAGCCACAUGGAAUUACACUGAAGAGAAACAGGCACAAAUAUGCAGGCCUAGAUGAACUCUCUGCUUUUUGCAUGGCAAUGGAGGCUGUCGAACUGGUUAAUGGUUUGGAAUGCAAGAUAGCUUGCAACUCAUACAAGAUUUCCUAUGUGUUGGACACAGAAGAUUUCUUCUUCCGUAAUAGAAGAAAGUCAUCCCAAGGCAGAUCUUAUAAUAAUCAGGCAAGAGUACAACGGUUCCACCGGUUCUUAUCAUCUUCACAACAAUAAAAACACCCCUUCUUUGGAACUUUUGCUCAAGAAAUCAUUGCACAACCAACCUGGAAACGCAUCAACGAGGCAGCGUCCCAGAAUGUUUGUAGUUUAUUCUAGUUCGUCGAAUGAGAACUUGAAAGAGAGGAUGGUUAGGGAACUGUAUGUUUCAUAUCUGUAAGUUCAUAUGAGGCCAGCAUCUGAGCCAUUGGUAUGUAAAUAGGGUUUAUUGUAAAAAAAGGAAUAUGUUUUCUUAAUGUUGUCACAGAUAGGGGCUGCACUCACAGCUUUCCCCAAUUCAGGGCUUAAAAGUCUGCAGCUCUAAUUUACACUUGAACUUACCUCAAUGUGUAAGCAAAAGAACAUGAUCAAACAGGGGAGACAGGCAGUUUGUAUUUUACUUCUCAUUGAAUUCGGGAUGUUUUAUUAGUUUGAAAGCUAUACAUCAA